AUGACCAACAUCGAGUACGAGCGGACCGUCUCUAUCAGAGACCUUGACGACGUGGACAAGGUUCGAGUUGAGUCAAGAUACGCUCUCGCCGCUUAUCUGCCUCUGAUCUCCCGAAAGUCUCUUGAGAAGAUCGCGAUCAGCUUCUCUGAGUGGGUGAAGGAGAAGAGGAUGAAGGAGGUACGGAGCAUCGACGUCAUCCACUCCCAAAGGACCACAGGCCCGGACUUCGCACCAAAGAAAGACCCCUCUACUAUGACGGCAGAGAAGCGCUCUUGUUACAUCCGGGAGAUGGACUAG